CUAUCGAGAAAUUAAUCGAUAAAUUAGAAACAGGAUUUUUGUUUUAAUUAUGUGUUCGUAAAUCAAGGAGAUCCCAAUUGGAAUUCCACAGACAGCGCCACAAGCAGGGAUUUGCAUGUGCCCCCCAAGGAGCAGGCGAUUGCAGCAGCAGCAGGAGUGGGAUUAGGCCUUGGUUAUCGCCAGCCGCCUGCAGCGACGUCAACAGUAUUGAUACAGUGGGCAUUGGGACUCCACAACCACAUCCACAUCCACAUCCGCACCCACCAUGAGCUGGUUCGAAAAAGCCAAGACGGUGCUGAUUGAGGCGCUGGACAUCCAGGACGACGACAGCAAGGCGUCGGAGAAGGACUCGCCGGCCGCCGGAGCUUCGGGCGAAAGUGGCGGACCUGGGCACACCUCAUCCCCGGAGGCACAAGGAACUGCGGCCACGCCCGCAUCGGAAACGCCCACUUUCUUCGACAAUCCGCAUGCCAACGAGAUGGUCACCAUUCCGCCCACGCCCACUUCCGUUCCGGGCAGCGUGGCAGCCUACGGCAAGCGGCAGUCGGCCACCUCGGAUUCGGUGGACCUGCUGUCCUCGCCGACGUCCCCGAUCUCGGCCAGCGGCGAGGAGGGCGCGUCGGUGGCCAAGCGCCUGUCCGAAUCCUCGCUGGAGCUGAUCACGGCCACCACGGCCAGCGAAAUGGAGAUGUCCCCGGACACGGAGCCCUCGCUGCCCGACAGCAUAGUGAUCAUCGCCAGCAACGACACAUCCGACAACGCCGAGGGCGAUGGCGAGGAUGACGACGACGACGACGAGGACGGGGGCACGCAGCUGGAGCGGCACAUGGAAGAUCACCUGAACGACUCCACCAAAACCAUGAAGGCCCUGGUGCUGAGCGACAUCCAGGCAACUGGGAAUGCCGACUCCGACUCCACGCAGAGCUUCGAGGACAUCCAGCUGCAGAUGAGCCACAAGUCGGGCAAGUCGCCCGCCCCCGCCAAGGCGGAGGUGGUGGACCAGAGCUACUCGUCCACCUCGUCGGACAUCGAGAUCAUCUCGAAUCCGAACGGCGACUCCAGCACCAACAGCACCACCACGCGCACCAGUCCCCAGAAGUUCAAGGAGCUGGCGGCUGGCAAGGCGGGCGGGCCCAAGCCCAAGGGCCACCAUCGCGAGCCCUCGGAGAUCUCGCUGCUGUCGGAGGACUCGCAGUCGGAGCUGGACAAGCUGGUGCAGCGCAUCAGCGAGCUGAACCAGGUGAUUGAGGCGCGCGAGCAGCGCCUGCUGCAGUCGGAGCGCCAGAAUGCCGAGCUGCUCGAGCGCAAUCAGGAGCUGCGCGCGCGCGUCGAGGCGGCGGCCAACAGCGCCAACAGUCCGGACGCGGCGGAUGCAGUGCAGCGUCUGUCGGCGCUGGAGAAGAAGUUUCAGGCCAGCAUACGCGAACGCGACGCGCUGCGCAUCCAGAUGAAGAGCCUGCGCGACGAGCUGCAGAACAAGAUACCCAAGGACGAGCUGGCCGAGUGCAACGAGAUGAUCGCCGGCCUGCAGUCCGAGGGCGAGAAGCUGUCCAAGGAGAUCCUGCAGCAGUCGACGAUCAUCAAGAAGCUGCGUGCCAAGGAGCGCACCUCGGACACGCUGCUCAAGAAGAACGGCGAGCAGAUAUCGCUGCUGUCCAGCGAGUCGGAGCGCCUGAAGAAGUCCCUGGCCGCCAAGGAGGAGAUGGAGCGCACGCAGAUCGAGGCCGUGUGCCGGAUGACGGCGGAGAAGAAGCGUGUGGACGAGGAGAACCUGGAGGGUCGUGGCCGCAUCGAGGAUCUGCAAUCCCGACUGGCGGCCCUGCAGGCCAGCUUCGAUGGCCUCAAGGGGGAUCUGCAGAAGCGCACGCGCAACGAGCAGGACAGCCUGCGUGCCGAGCAGCAGGAGUACGUGCAGCAGGUGUCCGAUCUGCGCGAGAAACUGCGCCUGGCCGAGCACAGCCUGGCCAGGAGGGAGCAGCAGAUGCGCGAGGAGAACCGCCAGCUGCUGCGUCGCCUGGAGGCCGCCGAGCUGCGGGCGGAGAGCUCCACGCAGGAGCUGGGCGCCACCACCACGCCCCUGAUCCGCCAGAUCGAGUCGCUGCAGCGCACCCUGGACCAGCGGUCCGCGGGCUGGAAUCGCGAGGAGCAGCAGUUGCUCCAGAAGCUGGACGACUCGCAGCUGCAGCUGCGCUCGCUGCAGCAGCUGGAGUCCGUGCACUGCGAGAAGCAGGAGCUGCUGCGCACCCGCUGCUCUCUGCUGGAGGAGAAGCUGUCCAGUGCGCUGAUGGAGGCGGAGGCGGCCAAGAUGGCCCUGCGCCAGCGGGACCUGGAUGCGGCCCACAAGGAGGCGGAUUACAAGAGGCAACUCAGCUCGCUGCAGGAGGAGCUUGGGCAGCAGCUGGAACAGGUUGCCAGCCUGGAGCAGCAGUGCCAGCAGCAGCAGCAGCAGGCGGAGAAGGAGCAGCCCAGCCUACUGACCGUGGAGGCGGUGAAGGCCAGCAGCGAGCUGCAGCCAAUGCAGAUGCAGAUGCAGAUGCAAAUGCCAAUGCAGCUGCCCAAAUCGCAGGCACCGCUGCGAUCCUCGCCGCCACUCAGCCUGGCGGAUGAUAGUGGGUCCAACGAGGAGGCCCUGGGCGGCAUCAUCGACUGGCAGGCGGACGACCUCGACUGCGCUUCCAACUCGGGCCGCCAUCCAUCGGGCAUCGUCCAGGGUGUGCAGCUCAGCUUCCUGGCGGCCAACACCAGCACCUUCGAGCACCUGCAGGCGCUGCUGAAGCAACGCGAUGGUGAGCUGACCCACCUGCAGUGGGAGCUAUCGCGCCUGCAGGCGGAAAGGGGCGUGCUCGACGGCGAGAUAUCCAAUCUGACCAUCGAACUGGAAACGAUGAAGGAGAAACUGCAGGUGUACGAGGUGAUGGAGAAGGGAUACGAGGACCUGCAGCAUCGCUACGAUGCCCUGCUCCAGAUGUACGGCGAGAAGGUGGAGCGCACCGAGGAGCUGGAGCUGGAUCUGACCGAGCUGAAGGCGGCCUACAAGCUGCAGAUUGACGAGCUGCUGGCCGCCCCGCCGCCCAACCUCCAACGGCCACCGAAACAGACAUGAUUGCCGGAGCGCAGGAUCGUCUCCCUGCCCGAAUUGCCAUGCCUGCGGCGAACUUGGCCACCAUAACGUUCCCGUCUCCGUCUCCGUGUCCGCUUCCGCUUCCGUGUCCCAUUCCCAGUUGCAAUGUACUAUGCUUUAUAUACUUAUCGAUUAGCCAAGCGAUCCGGAUCCGGAUCCACUUCCACUUCCACUUACCCAUCCUCCAAACAGCCACCACAACACACACACACACCAUGUACAUGCGACUAUAUAUUUGUAUGAUUUGCGUACGUUGACACUUUCUAGUUAUAUUAUGAAUUGAUCGAUUGUGAUAAUUUAAUUUAUACUUAUAUAUACAACAAGUUAUCGUCUAUGACUAUGUACAAAACUGUUUCUGUUCCGAGCAGUUUGCCAGGCGGUUGUGAAAAAGCAGCUCCAACAGCCUCUUGCAAAUAAAUCAAAUAUCAUUUAAUACAGAGUAA